AUGGUUCCUGCUUCUAUUAUUGUAAUGGUUCCUGGUUAUGAUGUAGAGAUGGUUCCUGGUUCUUUUAUUGUAAUGGUUCCUGGUUAUGAUAGAUGGUUCCUGGUACUUUUAUUGUCAUGGUUCCUGGUAUUUGUUGAAUGGUUCCUGGUUGUUUCAGAUGGAGAGCUGAAUGUUCUUGAAGAUCUUCUGACUGAAGCUCCAGAUCAGGAUGAUGAGCUCUACAACCCAGAGACGGAGCGUGACAUCACUGACAAGAAAGGAACAAAGAGAAAGAGUGAGCGCUCUGACAGCCAAGAUCUGAAGAGACUUCGCCCCUCAUCUAGCCACGCCCCUUCCAGGUCCUCUUCCACUAAUAAAAGAGAACCUGGUCCAGCGCUGUCUUCAUCCUCGUCCUCCAAGAAGGCAGCACAAGGUUCCCGUGGACGCCACCCUGCUGUCGCCACCGGCUACCGUCAUGAGUACUAUGAGGAACGCAAAGGACGAAGAGGACCACGAGAGGUGACCCGGAGCCGAGGAGGAGAGGAUGCACGCCGCCGAGAUCCUCCAAGAGGGAUGGAGGGUCUGAGCCAGAAGUUAAGGCGUGAUGAUCGGCGUCCAAGCCCCUCUCCACAUGAGGACGAUAACCAGUCAGAGGAGGAGGAGGUGACAGGCGAGUACGGCUCAGAGGCCGGGUCAGGAAGCUCUUCCCCUGCCGGCUCCCAUUUGGAGGAGGAGGAGGAGGAUCCUGAUGAAGAGGAGGAUGAGGAGGAGGAGGGUAUGGAGGAGGAGGACGAGGAAGAGGAGGAGGAGGAGGGAGAAAAGGAGGAAGAGGAGGAUGAAGAGGAGGAGUAUGAGCGGCGAGGUGGUGGUGAAGGAAAUGACUAUGACACCCGCAGCGAGGCUGGAGACUCGCGCUCCGCAUCCUCUGUCAGUUUCUCUGACGAUGGCGAGUCCGUUCACUCAGGCUCCGCCUCUGAGGCCUCAGGGUCCGUAAAGAAGAGGGAGAAGUUGUCGUCAUCAGUCAGAGCUGUUCGUAAAGGGAUGGAGACUCCCACCAGCAGGCUGCGCUACAUCCUGAGAGACGCUCGCUUCUUCCUCAUCAAGAGCAACAACCAUGAGAACGUGUCACUGGCCAAAGCAAAGGGCGUGUGGUCCACCCUGCCGGUAAACGAGAAGAAGCUGAACGCAGCCUUCCGGUCGGCUCGCAGUGUCGUUCUCAUCUUCUCUGUGAGGGAGAGUGGCAAGUUCCAAGGGUUCGCUCGUUUGGCAUCAGAGUCCCAUCACGGAGGAUCUCCCAUCCAUUGGGUACUUCCUGCUGGCAUGAACGCCAAGAUGCUGGGAGGAGUCUUUAAGAUCGACUGGCUCUGCAGGAGGGAUCUUCCUUUCACUAAGACUGCUCACCUGUCAAAUCCCUGGAACGAGCACAAACCAGUAAAAAUCGGACGUGAUGGCCAGGAGAUCCAGCCGGACAUCGGAGCCCAGCUGUGCGCCUUGUUCCCAUUGGACGAGAAUGUGGAUGUCCACCAGGUUGUUCGUCGAGUCCGUCACAAGCGCCGGACGCCGUCAGAGCCGCGACCUCGAGGCAGACCACCACAGCGUGAACCGGGAAGGCGUCGCCCUGAAGAGUACGACCUCCACGGCAGGAAGCGACCACGCGCUGAUGGCCCACCUGACUUCAACCAGCGAGCAGGGUUCAUCCAGGAUCUACGGAACCAGCCAGUGGACAGGAGAUUCUCCAGCGUGAGACGAGACGUUUUCCUCAACGGGUCGUACAACGACUACAUGAGAGAUUAUCACCACAACGUGGGACCCCCUGCACCCUGGCAGACCAUGGCGGCGUACCCUGGCGUUGAGCAGCCGCCCCCCCACCACCCCCCUUACUACCACCACAGUCACCCCCCGCCCCCUCCUCACCAGGCCUACCACCACCACCACCACCCCCCCCUCCCGCCGCAUGAGGCUCCGCCCCCUCGCUUCAGAGACAAGCAGAGAGCGCCCCAGCAUCGAACGUUCACCUCGAGCCCGCAUGACUACGACAUGCGCGUGGACGACUUCCUGCGGCGGACUCAGGCGGUGGUGAGCAGCCGGCGUGAACGUGAGCGUCAGCGUGAACGCGAGCGAGGCGGGCCGCGGCGAGAGAGAGAGCGAGAGAGGGUGAGAGAGAGGGACAGAGAGAGAGAGAGAGACAAGGAGAGGGGGCGGUACCGCAGGUGAUGGGAUGAUGUCCAUGCUUUUAUUUUGACAACCAGCAGUGUUUGGGGCUCGUUUCCUGUUUCCUUGGUAAAUUUAUGAAUAACGAUGCGUGACAAUGACAUCAUCAGUUUUUAUGUGAUUAAAAUGUGAAAAACUUCAGAAUAAACCUGAUUGGUCCAGACUUUUAAUUUGGUGAUUCUGUGUAAAAGGGAAGUGACAUCAGAGGGCAGAGUCAUGGUGAUGUCAUCACAGUGAUGUCACUUUUCCGUGCACGUUAACGACUGUAAACUUUUCUGUAAAUGUAACUUUUUUACUGUAUCCUCUGAUAAACACUUCAUUUCCCAGAAUUCUCUCUGUCAGCUGCAUGUCCACCAACAGGAAGUUGAUUUUUUAUUUUUAUUGUUGUAGAGGUCCAACCUGAGGCUGGAGGCCCUUUAAUGGUGUCAUGAUGAACAGAGAUUUUUUUUUCAGUCUUAUUGUGAAAGGUUGGACAGUUUAUUUUGAAAUCUUUCUGUUGUUAUUCUGUAGGGUUUUUUUUCUAUUCCUGUUUGUGUUUUAUUUUGUAUUUCACUUCCUGUUCUGUUGGUGUUGACUUGUGAUCGCCCCCUCCUGGUAAACAGCUUUCUUUUUUUUUAUGUUUACAUUAAAAAUCAAUUUCCUGUCUGAGGUUUUCUUUUGCUCGUUUCUGAUUGUUACCAUAGCGACCUCACAUAUUUCUGAUUGGUGUAUUGAUCGUCAGGAAAAAACAUCUGUUUCCUGUUUGUGAGUGUGGGGGCGGAGCCUAUGUCUUUUUUUAAUAAAAAGAAUCAAAGUUG